CACGAGGAAUAUGAAAAUAUGACGUGACGUCAGGCGUCGUCUUUAAAUAUUGAUCUCGAGCACUUCACUGCCGCAAAGCCAUUCUUGAGAAGUUUACAAAGAGACGAACAUGAGCUGAGCUGAGCAGCGCGGCGGGGAGACGCGGCGCGGCUUCGCGUUCGAAACUUAGGAGCAAAAUGUGCCUUUUAGACAUGGAAUAUCAGAUUUCCAACACGGAUUACAUUCGGUAGGAUGGUGCUUCACAUUAUCGGCUCAAACAAAUGGAUUACUUGAAAGAUUUUAAACACUAAAGCAAGUGCGUUUCUGAGGCGAGGAGCACCGCUGAGGUGCUGUUAUGUACAAAAGUGACGCGAAGCCUAAACGGGCAGUGGGAUUACAUUUCUUUUCAACUUUAUUGCUUUUAUAACAAAUACUUUUUGACAGCCUAUGCGUCUGAUGGAAAUAUUAACUAGCAUUUUCCCAAAUGAGAUGUAAGUUCGCGCCGUCGGAGUUUGAUGGGGAGCCCGAGACCGCGAGCGAACGUCACAGAGAAACUUACAGAGAAAAACAUGCCGUCUUUUCAUCCAUGGAGACAUGGCAUAUAGGUUCCUGUCCAGCCGAAUCGUGCCAUCCUCAAACAGAUUAAGCAGAAGGUUUAUUUUUAUAUUCACCAUCUCGUUGUCUUUCACGUAUCUAUGCUACAGCAUCCUAUUCUGUUCCGGCGCAAUCAUGCCUAACCAGAGAUUGGAGGAGCAUCGCUGCGUCCAUCUGAAACCCAUAGGGAGUAAAAAACUUUUACAGAAGUCUCAUUAUUGCACUAUAUCUGCAAAAACGAGAGGAAUCUCUGACGAACCGAGACUUGUGGGUCUUACAGCAAACCGUACUGGUAACCAAAGCAAACAGCCCGUCUCGCAGAAAACACAAGCGCGUAACUUGGAUGCGCUGGAUCACAAGCAACUUAAUAACACCAACUCACCAAAAUACGGGAACAAGAAACUUCCGAACGCGCUUAUAGUCGGCGUUAAGAAGGGAGGAACCCGGGCUGUACUCGAGUUCAUCCGAAUUCAUCCAGAUGUUCGGGCACUUGCUGAGCCGCAUUUCUUUGAUAGAAACUAUGACAAAGGCUUGGACUGGUACAGAGGUCUUAUGCCACGGACUCUCGACAGUCAGAUCACCAUGGAGAAAACACCAAGUUACUUCGUGACCCGGGAGGCACCGCGACGCAUCUCAAACAUGUCCCGCGAAACAAAGCUGAUCGUAGUGGUACGCAACCCUGUGACCAGAGCCAUCUCUGACUACACACAGACUUUGUCCAAGAAGCCCGACAUCCCCUCUUUCGAGGAUCUCGCUUUCAAGAACAGAAGCCAAGGCAUCGUGGACACCUCCUGGAACGCCAUUCGCAUAGGGAUGUACAUCAUUCACCUGGAGAACUGGCUGCAGUACUUUCGCCUCUCGCAGAUCCAUUUUGUCAGCGGCGAGCGGCUCAUCACAGACCCGGCCGGAGAGCUGGGCCGCGUGCAGGACUUCCUCGGCCUCAAACGCAUCAUCACGGACAAGCACUUCUACUUCAACCGAACGAAAGGCUUUCCGUGCCUGAAGAAGCCGGAGAGCAGCAGUCAGCCCCGAUGCCUGGGCAAGUCCAAAGGCAGAACUCACGUACAGAUCGACCAGGAAGUCAUCGAAAAGCUUGGAGAAUUUUAUAGGCCAUUCAAUGUAAAAUUUUAUGAAAUGGUGGGUCAUGACUUCAGAUGGGAUUGAGAAAAAAGGACCUUGGUGAAACCAGCCUUCCGCUGGUGAGUGAGUCAUUAAAUUAAAUCAGUUUGUCCAUUGUUAGCGGGACAAAAAAGAAACCUCGAAUAAUUAAGACCCGAUGCUCUUAACAUAUUAAAAAGCUUAUGAAAUGAUGAAAAAUUGGCAAAAUAGAAAGAUGUAACUGUAGCUCGAGAGAUUUUGCCUUUCACACAAAAUGCUUUAAUACAUUUAGAAGUCACGCAAGGUCAUUCAAUCAACAGAAUAACCAAGGAUCUCUCGUUCGGUCUCAUGGCGUGUUUGGUAUGCACAGCAUUGCUUUCAUUCAUUGUCCUCCUGUUACUAUUUAAAAUACUCAUCCAAGUCAGUCAUCUUGAUAUGAAAUAGAAAC